GACACUGAUUGAGAAAAACUGGAAAGUGGGCGCAGAGGAGAUCAUGGAAAACCCCUGGAGGAGAUGGAGGUGGCUGAGGAGCUCGCUGCUGCUGUGUUUAUUCUCUGGUGGCGGCGAGGCCCAGUGUGAAGGAUGUAUAGAGUACUGCUGCGACGGAUCUCCACCUUUCUGCUGCUCCUACUACGCCUACGUGGGGGACGUCCUCUCGGGCACUGCCAUCUCCGGGAUCGUGUUCGGGGUGGUGUUUUUGAUGGGGGCGGUGGCGGCCCUGUUCCUCUGCGUGUGCAUGUGCAUGAAGAAUGGGCGUGGCGCGCGGGUCGGCGUCUUCAGCACCUCCUACAUCAACACUGUGACCCAGGGCUACCCAGGCCCUCCACCUCCGUACACCUACGACUACGAGAUGUACCCCCCGUCCCUGCACCCCCCACCCUACACCCCAACCCAGCCUCGGCCGGCCAACUACUCCCCGCCUCCUCCUUACCCCGGCUGCACCCGCAAGUGAAUCCCUGCUGCACAUCGGCUCUAUUGGCCUGGACUCGGAGAUGCCUGCAGAGAUUCUAAAGCAGCGCCGUGACCCAAAAUUUCCACAUUAAAACAUAAAGAGGGAGCCAGUGCGGUGUUAUUCAGCCUGCCAGAACACCCUGUUCAGUGUCACCGCGGUUCUGCUGCUCCGUAGUGGAGCAAACGGUGGGAAAAUAAUCACUUAACAAAAUGUGGGUCAGGACAGCCAAAGAACGUCCCAUCACGUCUGAUAGACUUAACUGUCGGCGGCCCUGCUGGCCUGCAGCUGGUACUUUUUGCUCGCUAAUAACCAAUAUUCUUAUCUGUUCCCGCCUGUGCACAUCAAAGCCAGCGCACCGCUUUGAUGAAGGUGAAGACCACUUUUGUCAGCACGGAGGGGAACCUCGCAUCACUGGAGGGGAAAAAAAAAAGACUUUCCAGGACACAGUGUAGACUCUGCUUUUAUGGAAAGUUAUCCAUUUUCCCCUCCUUUUGUUUUUUUUUUUUUUUAAAACUGUGUCACUGGCUGAGGUGGAAGUUGAUGAUUAAAGCCGUUUUAAACAAGUCAGGUCUGGACCUGUCACACGUAGACACAAAGACUGGAACAUAAUGCAUAAUCACGCUGACCUAAAUGGCACGGAGGACUUGAAAGGACUGGGCUGUUGGUAAUGAACUGGUUUUUAUUGCCUUACUUGAAACAAUGAGGAGGAGGGGGACUGAACCGGGGGUCACACUGAAACAGAAAAAUGUAAAUCUUUGUGCUUUUUUUUUUUGAAAGAUUCUUGAAUAAAAAAUUGUGAAGCGUUAUUCGUUGCAGUCGGAGGAUGACUGAGCUUAACUGAAAGUGUUCUCACUGUGCUGUGACUGAUUCAUGUGAUCUGUGAAUGAUGGAAGGGAUUUAACCGUAUAAAUAAUGUCGGGUAAAUAAUUGUUUCCUUACUGUUUCAGUGGCUGUGUUGUAAAUUAAAGAUGUUUUUAAGUAU